AUGGAUACACAUUGUCUACAGAGUAAUGAUGACUCGCUGGCAAUCUGGGUGCGUACCGUGGAUUGUAAGCUGCGGCUUCUUCACGUGACGGCAUCCUCCACAGUGUUCGACUUGCGCAGCAUUCUCAGUGAUUUCCAUUCCAGAAUAGCAACCUUCAGAUUCGAUUUGGACGACCAAACAUUGCUAAGAGAUCAGUGCAUUGACGGAGUCGCUCACCUCAUGUGUUUGGGACGCUUGAGAGGUGGGGCAUCUUUGCGGGCUCCAUGGGAAACCACAUCCAGCAAGGACGGGUUAAUUAUCACCGAUUUCUCGGAAGUCGCCUUGGAGUCCUUCGAAUCACAUGACCUGCGACAGCUGCACAUUGACUCUUUACACACGCAUUCCACUGGACUGUGUUUGGCAACGCAGACAUCAUCGAAAAAGUUCUUGCAGUUUGAGACAGCUACACCCUGCGCACUUGUUGUGAAGGGACAUGUGGAGGAAUACAUCAAGAUGCUGGGCUUUGACAGCAAGCGUGUGUUCACUACGUCGCUCUCAUUGAGAGACCCCGUUGCUUCCAGUGUUGAACCCAGGGCAGUUACCAUAGUGAACCUUGCCCGGGAGGAAUCAGAAUGGUUCAACAAAUUCGCCAGUGAUGAUGAUUUCCAGGUCAAUGCGGCCACAAAGAUUAUGGUCAUGUUUGAGUUGCGCAAGUGCGAUGCAGCCCAAGAGGAUUGGGACGCUUUUGGUAACAAGACAGCCUUCAUGAAUUACACGGACGAAACGCUCACAUCAGCAUUGAUCCGGCAGGAAGCAGUUGGGUAUGAGCCCUUUGUUAAAGAUGACUACUUGGUUCGCAAAGUGCUCAUACCUGCAUGUGCCCGUGAUUCUUUGUACCGUCUGAGCGCGGCGAGGUCCAUUCAGAUCAAGGCGAAAAGAACGGUGACAGAUGCACCUGAGCAAGGGUUGGAAGUCAUUAAGAUUCCCCAGACGCUUACUUUGGCAGAGGCUCGAGCUCAGUUCGCAAACAUCUCCGGAUAUUUGGGCAUCUUUUCCAACCAGAAGCAGUUGUUCAUUCGUGUCGCGGACAAUCACAUCUCUGAAAUGAGACAAGCGCUAUAUGCAGAUGACCCACGGUUUACAGCAUCGAAUCUCGGAGUGAAGAGCCGAUGGUUGUUCAAAGUUCUGGGUUUUCCAACCGGCGUCGCAUGGGAUACAGUGCACAAGUUCUUCGCAUCCAUCGAAUGGAAAGCUAUCCCUACCAAAGCUCUGCACUUGUCGGAGAUGGCCAUCAUUUUCGCGACAGCUGCUUCCAAUCCAUCGGUGUGGAAGGCCCGUACUGAUUAUGGACCAGUUCACAUCAUGUUGUUGGAGCGCAACUUCUCCAAGAACAAGUUCUCAAAUCCCCAAGACGGCGUACCUGAUCCUGCUCAGCCAGUUUUGUCAAAUGGGUCGGCUGUAGACACUCCUAACACACCGCGCGGUAGAGCUUUCACUUCGCAACGAACUGGCGGCUUGAAGCUACCUGUGCCCAAGAUCCCAGCGUCGUUAGCACCUGACCAAGGGUUGGGAACUCGUGUGGCAGCCUUGGAGGCCCAGAUGAAGCGAGUGCAAACGGAUGUAGGAAGCUUGAAUGAUUCGCAAAGAGAAACCAGGCUUCAAAUCCAACAGUUGACUGAGCAGCAAUCCUCAGGUUUUCAGUCGCUGUUGGCAGCCAUCCAGGACCUUAAGCAGAACCAGUCUUCGCCUGCCAUUGUGCCUUCUUCCCCUCAAAGAAGAAGGAUGGGAACUAAGGCUGACGAUGAUUUGUGA